AAAAAGUCUUAUAGAUUUCCGCGUCAACUUCUGGCCUCGUUUUGACGCUGCGAUGUUGCGUCAACUAUAUAUUGCGCUUGUGGCUUGAUGCGAUUAGGUCAGAGCAGAGUGCCUGCACUGGUUAAGUUGGUUAGUUAUAGUGACUGUUUAGAAGAGUGUCGGCGGCGACAUUGAGAUCCAAAUCAUGUCGUCUCAUCAUGUCAUAUCGGUGUGUAUCUUCUGCUUCAUAUGCGCAACACACACGCCCUGUUCUGCUCAUGCAGCUGUGAAACAUAAUUCCCUUCACCAGAAGGAUUAUGGGCAACCUUCUUUACUAGAAAAAUAUCAAGAAAACAACCGAGAUCUACCGGUCCUUGGUAAAACGGAAAACAGUAUUAUAGACUUAAAUCAUAGAAAAGUCCGACGGAGUAGUGAAUCGGGCAACGAUAAUGUAAAUAACAGUGACAGUGACACAGAUCAUCUUAGGAAAAUAUUUUUGAAGUACGGCGACGGAGAAUACAUGACGAAAGAAGGUUUCAAGAAGUUCCUAGGCGAUUUAAACUUAUCCAAACACAUAAUAACAGACGACAACCACGGCAACGAUGGCCACGAACAUCAUGACCACGAGCAUCAUGAUACGCACAUCCAUUCUGAAGAUAAAAAUAAUACGUGCAUAGAAGUUGAGGAGAUUCCGUCGUCAGUGGGACUAAAUAGUUCUUACGAAAAAAUAAACGAAGACUCAUUCUACAAAAUGUGUCCCAUUUUACUAUAUAGCUUAGUUAAUAAAGACUGUACCAAAAUGUUAGAUGACCAUCAUGAUAUGGAUGACAUUGCUCCUAUUGUAAAUAACGGAUUUGUCUGGCUGUGUUCUAUUCUCGCUAUUAUAGUUAUAAGCGCUUGUGGAGUCUUAUCUCUAGUUAUUAUCCCAGUUAUGCAGAAGAGGUUCUACAAGCCUCUCAUACAAUUUCUCGUCGCUCUCGCCGUCGGCACAUUAGCCGGAGAUGCUCUCCUUCAUCUUCUUCCCCACGCCAUGAGUACUACACAUGGUCAUUCUCAUCAUCACACCCAUUUGGCGGAAGACUCCUCGCACGAUGAAAAUAUUCAGAAAGGUUGUGUUGCUAUGUUGGGCCUCACUUUUUUCUUCGUCAUGGAGAGACUAAUUUCGUUGUGCGUUAAAUGGAGGAAAGGAAAACAGAAGAAACAUUCCCAUAUAACUGUCAUCAACGAUAGAAGGGAAAGUAUAGAUCAGAAAAAUGAGACACAGUGUAUGGACAAAUACAAUUCCUUUCCUUAUUGCUAUAAGGAUAUAAUGGAUAAUCCUCAGAAAAUGGAACCCAAUAACCAGAAUCUGGAUUGUCCGUCUGAUAUGAACAUCUGUACUGAAGCUAAUAAGAUGUUAACUCCUGAACACAAAAAUGAUGAUUACACUGUAAUUGUACGAGAACAUAAGAGCGAACACCACGGACAUUCACAUAAACACGGACAUGUUCAUGCAGCACCUAAAAAUUUUUCGUCCGUAGCCUGGAUGGUCAUAAUGGGUGAUGGAUUACACAAUUUCACCGAUGGAAUGGCAAUUGGAGCAGCGUUUUCAGGUAGUUUAGCCGGUGGGUUUUCAACAACAGUAGCGGUGUUUUGCCAUGAAUUACCUCACGAGCUCGGAGAUUUUGCUAUGUUAUUAAAAGCUGGAAUGACCAUCAAACAAGCUCUUUUCUACAAUAUACUCUCCAGCGUUUUGUGCAUAUUUGGAAAUAUUUUCGGACUUAUGCUCGGUAAUACUGAAUACGCUAGUUCGUGGGUAUUUGCUGCAGCUGCCGGUAUGUUCAUCUACAUCGCCUUGGUAGAUAUGAUCCCCGAAUUAAGCUCUGCCCACGAAGAUGAAGGCAACGUAGGACAAGCUCUGUUACAUUUGGGCGGUUUACUUACCGGUUUGGGUGUGAUGGCCCUUAUCGCAUUUUAUGAGCAUGAUCUAAUGACGGUUUUCAGCGAAGCUCAUUAGGUAUGCGCCAGUGAUAUUUUUUUUCUACUUAUCAAUAAGAUUUAAGAGUGGUCUAAAGUUGUAUCAGCGAUUUUUUAAAGAUAGUUGAACUGGUGU